UUUCUCUUUAUUUCUUUUAUCGCGAAACAUGUCUAAAACAAGCAACUCGACACUUUGGAACGACUUGCUGGCUUGGCAAGAAGAUAUCAAUGCAAAAGAUAAUGCUGCUUCUAGAAGAAAACUAGUGCACGACCAAGGCCUGCCACCUAUUCGAAAGUCAACAGAGAUCAUGCUUGAAGAUACCAAACCUGUUGGUUUGCAAGUACUUUCUUUGAAAAAACCUACUCCUCAUAAUACAUCUUUAGACCUAACAACAGCCGAGGCCGAGAAAGCAAAGGGCAAUGAUUAUUUUGCUAAAAAAGACUUCAAAAACGCUAUUGCAUGCUAUGGAAAAGCCAUCGAUCUAGAUCCUACUGUGCCUGUCUAUUUCGUCAAUCGUGCUAUGGCUUAUCUCAAAAUAAACAGUUUUUUGGAAGCAGAGAAAGAUUGUACACGCGGACUCGAACUUCAACCUAAGAAUGUAAAGGCGCUUUGGAGAAGAGGUAUCGCAUUACGUGAAUUGGGCAGAAUAGAAGAAGCAAGAAAAGAUUUCGAAAAGGGACUAGCAAUUGAGCCAAACAACAAAUCGAUUUUGGAUGAAUUGAGGAAAUUACCUAAAGAAAAACCAGUAAAGAAAGUGUCAUUUGUAGAAAAAGAAGAAAAACGUCGAUUGCCUAUCAAUGUUAUAGACGAGGCUUAUCCUAAAUCAAAAAAUACACCUCUCAUCAAACCAGUUGUUGAAACAAAGCAACCUACCAAGACAAUUGAGCCUGUUGAGAAGAAGCCAAUCGUAGAAAAAAAGGAGACGAUAGUCCCAUCAAAAUCCACUACCCCAAUUAAAUUCACAAGCCCACGUACCAACUUUGAGUUUGAAAGAGACUGGAAGACAUACAAAGCAAGAGGGGAUGAUGUUUUAUACCAAUAUUUUCAAACGAUCCAGCCAUCUUCCUAUGUUACUUUAUUCAAAUCUUCUCUGGAAUCAGAUCAAUUUGAGAAGAUGAUUGAUUUACUAGAGACUAAAUAUACAAAAGAAAAGUCUCCGCAAGAUAUUUUUUAUGUCCUUCAAGGUCUUUCUCAAGUGAAGCGGUUAGACAUGUUGAUCAUGUUUUUAGACAAAAAGAGUCAACAAGCUUUACAAGGAUUAUUUGAACUGCUGAAAAGCAAUUGUGACAAAACUAUUGUACAGGAAAAACUAGUAAAACUCUCGAAAGUGUUCAAUACGCGCAUUUGAUUUAAAUAAAUGUCAACUUUUAUAUAAAGAGUCUAUUGCAUUAUUCUUGUCUAG